AUAACACCAACAGUGGUAUCAAGAGCUUCAUUAAUCUUAAGGGAUUUGAGAAAUCUUCAAAAAAAACUACCAUACAUUUUUUAACCCGUAAGAGUUACCUUUUUAACCCAUCAGGGCUAUCCAUUUUAACUCAUUCAGAGUUACCUUUCAACUCGUGCUUUUCUCAACGCACAAGCUUUUCUAAACCAUUUUUAAUGAAAAUAAUGUCAAGCAAUAGUCUCUCUUUGAAUGCCCAAAAAAAUUCACUGGUGAAAACUAUCAAUUUGGUCAGUGAAAAUGAAAUCGUAUCUUGAACCCUAUGAUCUGUGGAAAGUUGUAAUGGAAGAUAUACCCGUACAACCUCUCCCUACAAAUCCUAUCCUUGCUCAAAUUAAAUCUCAUUCGAAUGAAAAAUCAAAAAUGUCAAAGCCAAAACUGUAAUUCAAAAUUCAGUUGCGUAUUUGAUUUUUUCUAAAAAUUCUUAUGACAACUCCAGAGAGAUUCGAAUCUAAAUUUCAUCUCGGGAAGAGUCUGAAGAUCUCUCUACUAUUUCUAUUGAAGAACGAAUAAGUGUUCUUCAAGCACAAGAGCAAAGAAGAGCCUUCAGGCAAGAUAAUGUUACUGAGGAUGCCUUUUAUGCACAAAAAGAGAAGAGAAAAAGGUAAUUACUCUUUGCAAAUACUGCAAAAGAAAAAUACACUUGGAAAAUUUUUGUUGGUGGAAACCUGAUGCAAAAUGUGGAAAUUGCAAACAAGCCGGUCGUGCUACAAAAGUAUGCAAGCUAAAAAACAAUUUUCAAGCACAAGUUGUAGAAGCAGAAAUCGAGGAGGAGCAACUUUUUUAAAUUGCAGUAUCUAAAACAAAGGAGGAGUGAUGAAUUUGUUUUUUAGUUAUUGCAUUCAUUUUUUAAAAUAAUAAGUUACCUUGUUUUUGGAUGAAUUUGAAUUUUAAAUAUUUGUUAAAAGUUAUUUUAAUUGUUGAGAUUAUGUUAUCAAGUUGACUGCAGCUUAAUAAAAUAUUGAGAAACAUUUUCGAUAGUGUUGUGCUGCCCUUUUUAAAAAAAAACGAGAGUAGGUGAAAUGAAGCAAUCCCUUAUUCAACUCCUUUACAAGUAAAUGCAUCAGAUAGCUGUCAUUGAUAGGCAGAACUUGAAAAGGGAUUUGAAGUUGAAGUUGUCUUGUCGAUUUUAAUUUCUGAAGUUGAUCACAUAUAUGGUAGUUUCUAUGGCAAUGAUGCUGCGAAUUUUCGUCAGUUUUCUGGUUGUUUUGAUCCAAGUUCUGUCAGUAGCAGCACGAACUAAUCCUGUUGAUUCUGCUGCUUUAAAGUCUCUCAAGGAUUCUUGGUAUGGUCCUUCCAAUUGGACAGGAGAAGAUCCCUGUGGGAGUAGUUGGGAAGGAGUUGGAUGCAGAAAUUCACGAGUGAUUUCUAUAACACUGUCAAGUAUGGAUUUGAACGGUCAGCUAUCUGGAGACGUCCAAGGAUUAUCUGAAUUGGAGACUUUGGAUCUAUCAUACAACAAAGAUUUGACCGGAUAUCUUUCUCAGUCUAUUGGAAAAUUGACAAAGUUAUCAAAUUUGAUCCUUGUUGGUUGUGGAUUUUCUGGACCAAUACCAGACUCCAUAGGAUCUCUGACCCAGCUGUUUUUUCUAUCUUUGAACUCUAACAAAUUUACUGGAGGAAUACCUGCUACCAUUGGCUAUCUGACAGAGCUUUAUUGGCUCGAUUUAUCUGACAAUCAGAUAGAAGGAAACAUUCCAGUCUCUAGUGGGAGCAACCCUGGUCUUGAUAUGCUUGUUAACACUAAACACUUUCACUUUGGGAAGAAUCAGCUAUCCGGUGAAAUUCCAGCUCGUCUUUUCCAUUCUAAAAUGACUCUGAUACAUCUGCUAGUUGAGAACAACAGGUUUACCGGGGUAAUCCCAGAUACAUUAGGAUUUGUCCAGACGAUGGAAGUGCUUCGUCUUGACAGGAAUUCAUUCAGUGGAUCUGUUCCACAAAACCUCAACAAUCUCACACAUGUCAAUGAACUCGACAUAUCAAACAACAAUUUGAAUGGCCUUUUGCCGAAUCUCACUGGCAUGAAUGUCCUCAACUACUUGGACAUGAGUAGUAAUACAUUUAAUGCAUCAGAUAUUCCAUCAUGGAUCCUAAGCCUGCAAUCAUUAACAACAUUGGUGUUGGAAGACACGGGACUUCAGGGAUCAGUUCCAGCUAACCUUUUCAGCCUACACCAGUUGCAGACAGUCAUCUUGAGGAAUAACAAACUCAACGGCUCUCUUGAAACUGGAACCACAUAUAGCAACCAGUUGAAGCUCAUUGAUGUGCAAAAUAAUCUUAUCGAAUCAUUUACUCAAAGACCAGGGUAUCCCUUUCAGAUAAAGCUUGCAGGCAAUCCUAUCUGCAAUGAAAGAGGAGAAGGGAGAAAAACUUACUGUAUGGAAACUCAACAAACUGAGACAUACUCAACCCCACCAGAGAAUUGCUUGCCAACUGAGUGCAGCUCUAAUCAAGUUUCUAGUCCUACCUGUAAAUGUGCCUUUCCAUAUACAGGAAACCUAGUCUUCAGAGCUCCUUCCUUUUCAAACUUGGGAAAUAGAACUACUUAUGAGACUCUCCAAAAGUCUUUGUUGCUUUUCUUCCAAAAACGUCAACUGCCUGUGGAAUCAGUUUCCCUCCGUAACCCAAUAAGAGAUUUAAAUGACCACCUUGUAAUACAGCUGCAAGUUUUUCCAUCUAGCCAAGAUCGUUUCACUUGGACUGGUGUUUCUGGAAUAGCUUCUGUGCUUAGUAAUCAGACUUUCAAGACCCCAUCGUCAUUUGGACCUUUCUUCUUCAUUGGUGAAACCUAUAAAUACUUUGUCGGGGAAUCCACAGGAUCAAAAAAAUCAGUUAGUACAGGCAUUAUUAUUGGAGCUACAGUUGGUGGUUCUGUCCUUGCAAUUUUAGCACUAAUCAUUGGUAUUUAUGCUUUCCGGCAAAAGAAAAGAGCUGAAGAUGCUGCAAAGAGGAGCGAUCCUUUUGCAUCCUGGGACUCAAAUAAACAUAGUGGUGCUGUUCCACAGCUGACAGGAGCUAGAUUUUUCUCAUUUGACGAACUAAAAAAAUGGACUAAUAAUUUUUCAGAAACCAAUGUUAUUGGUUGUGGUGGUUAUGGAAAGGUUUACAGAGGAAGUCUUCUGAACAGAGAAUUGGUUGCAAUUAAAAGAGCUCUACAAGGGUCUAUGCAGGGCACACAUGAGUUCAAAACUGAGAUAGAGCUUCUCUCAAGGGUUCAUCACAAGAAUGUCGUUGGCCUUGCUGGCUUUUGUUUCGAUCAAGCUGAACAGAUGCUUGUGUACGAGUACAUUCCUAAUGGCACCUUAAAAGACGGUCUUUCAGGUAAGACUGGGGUCAGGUUAGAUUGGAUGAGGAGAUUGAAGAUAGCCAUUGGAGCAGCCAGAGGUUUGCAGUAUUUGCAUGACCAUGUCAAUCCCCCCAUUGUACACAGGGACAUCAAGUCCAACAAUAUUUUGCUAGCUGAUCACCUAAACGCAAAAGUUGCUGAUUUUGGCCUGUCCAAGCUUCUAGGUGAAAGGGGUCAUAUUACCACUCAAGUCAAAGGAACAAUGGGAUACAUGGAUCCUGAAUAUUACAUGACAAACCAGUUGACAGAGAAGAGUGAUGUUUUUAGCUUUGGAGUGGUGCUGCUUGAGAUAGUCACAGGAAAAGUUCCUAUUGAUAAAGGAAGAUAUAUUGUCAAGGAAGUGAAGGAUGCAAUGGACAUGACAAAAGAUUUGUAUAACCUUCAUGAAAUUUUGGAUCCUGCAGUUUGUUCGGGUGCAACUCCUAGAAGCUUAGAGAAGUUUGUGGAUCUAGCACUCAAGUGUGUUGAAGAAAAAGGAGUCAAUAGACCUAAAAUGAGUGAAGUGGUGAAACAGAUUGAAUAUAUUAUGGAGAUCGAAGGCCUGAACCCCGAUGAUGAAUCUGCAUCUACUUCAGCAACCUAUGAAGGAGCAAACAAAGGCUUGAACCAUCCUUAUACUGAAAGUCUCUUUGUCUAUAGUGAAGCAUAAUUUUCUCAUCUUGUAUUUUUUCAAUUGGAUUACAAAAAAGCACAAAACAAAAGAAGAAAAGAAGGAAAAAUAGUCAGUAUAGGGUUGGUCGCUUGUACUUGAAUGAGAAGUAAAAUUGCCAUCAUUUUAGGGAGUUAAUAUUUCAUAUGGUCACUCAACUUUGAA